AUGAGGAAUAACUAUCUCACCGGUCAAUUUGAUCUACCACCACGCCUUAACGUGAGUUGGCUGGAUAUCUCGAACAAUAACUUUACGGGGCAACUUCAAGAAAACAUUUCAAGGAGGCUUCCAUACAUUUCGUAUCUAAAUUUAUCCACAAAUUCUUUCCACGGCAUUCUUCCGUCAUCAUUUUGCAACAUGAGUGACUUAGAGAAAUUGGACUUGUCUGAUAACAUGUUCUCUGGGGAAGUACCAAAGGAACUGAUUUCUGGUUGCAUCAACUUGAGUGUUUUGAAAUUAUCCAGCAAUAAAUUUCAUGGCCAAAUACUCUCAACAAACUUCAACUUGACUGACUUAAGCGAGCUGCUUUUGGAUGACAACCAGUUCUCGGGAAUUUUAUCCAACACAAUUUCCAAAAGCCCCCAUCUAGUUGUGUUGGACAUUAGCAACAAUUACUUCUCAGGGAUGAUUUCUAGCUGGAUAAGUAAUAUGACAGAUUUGGAUGCCGUCAUCAUGCGAAAUAAUUCUUUCAAAGGCCGGUUACCAUGUGAACUAGCCGUAGAUGCGAUUUUGGAUGUCUCUCAUAACUGUCUUUCAGGAUCGUUACCUUCUUGCUCAUACCCAACACAUCAUAUUUAUUUGCAGGCAAACAAAUUCACAGGACCAAUACCAAAUGCUUUUGUCAAUUCAUCAUCUAUGAGGACAUUGGACAUUAGCGAUAACAGCUUAUCUGGCAAUAUUCCCAAUGGGAUUAGCGCACUCUUCCACUUAAGAGUACUUCUGUUGAGGGGAAACCAUUUGAGUGGUUUGAUUCCAAAUCAACUGUGUAAGUUGAAUAAGAUAUCCCUUUUGGAUCUAUCCAACAACUAUUUUUCUGGGUCGAUACCUCAUUGCAUUAGUAACUUCUCUUUUGGCCCAAAUGACCACGGCUUUUUUCAAUUAGGCCAUCAUCUUUCGGGUAUGAAGCGUAGGUUGAAUACGCCAACAUAUGGAAGUUUCUUAGUGAGAACAUUCUCAUUGGGUGAAUAUGAUGUAUUUGAUACACCAGUACUAGCAGAAGCCGACUUUGUUACAAAAAGAAGUCAUAGGUCUUACAAGGGUGAUAUCCUGAAUUACAUGUCAGGAUUGGAUUUGUCAUGCAACAACCUAACAGGUGAAAUCCCUCGUGAGCUAGGAGAGCUAGUUGAGAUUCGUGCAUUGAACUUGUCUCACAAUCAGUUAAAAGGAUCCAUUCCCAAAACAUUCUCUAGCCUGACUCAAAUAGAGAGCUUGGACCUUUCUUACAAUAACUUGAGUGGAGUGAUCCCUAUUGAGCUGAUUGAUCUCAAUUUUCUAGCAGUCUUCUCUGUAGCUCACAACAACUUAUCAGGUAAAACUCUUGACAUGAAGGCCCAAUUCUUGACAUUUAAUGGGAGUAGCUACGAGGGAAAUCCGUAUCUCUGUGGACCACAAUUAGAGAAAAAUUGUACCACCAUUGUUCAGUCUCCAAACAGACCAACAACAAUUUCAGAAGACAGUGAGGCAAAAUGGUAUGAAAUCGAUCCAGGGGCUUUUUAUGUUACUUUUUCUGUGUCAUACAUCAUGUUCUUAUUGGCACUGGCUUCUGUUCUGGCUAUCAAUCCGUAUUGGCGAAGAAGGUGGUUCAAUUUCACUGAGGAGCGUAUGUAUUCUAGCUAUUACUUUGUUUUUGAUGCUUUGUACAAGCUAUUGGUUCAUUAG